GGGACAACCAUUUUGUAUAAUUUAUGUCUAAAACUGAAUUUCCUGGUUCCAGAGCCUUUCCGUUUCUUUCCUGCAUAUUUUUCUUUCAUUCCACCUAGUCUGCAAUGCUCCGCAACGCUCUAUCGGCAGCGACCCGCCCUGCUCUACAGCAGUCGCGAAAUGCGACCACUCUUUCGGCUGGUUUUCCAAAGGUGACGCAAAGACUACCGACCAAGUACGGGGGCGUAUACACCGUUACCCUCAUACCCGGUGACGGUAUCGGCGGUGAAAUAACAGACUCUGUCAAAGAGAUCUUUGAGCAUGUAAAUGCGCCCAUCGAGUGGGAGCAGUACAAUGUCUCUGGUGUCUCUUCAUCAGGAGAGGAUCUCUUCAAACAGGCAAUGGAGAGUCUCAAGCGCAACAGAGUUGGCCUCAAGGGUAUUCUCUUCACACCCAUAUCACAAACCGGUCAUAUCUCAUGGAACGUGGCCAUGCGUCAACAGCUCGACAUCUAUGCCUCUGUUGUCAUGUGCAAGUCUCUCCCUGGGUUCCCCACGCGCCACUCCAAUGUCGACUUUGCUAUCAUUCGUGAAAACACUGAGGGUGAAUACUCAGGCUUGGAGCACCAGAGUUAUCCCGGCGUGGUAGAGAGUUUGAAGGUCUCUACAAGGGCCAAGGCUGAACGUAUCGCACGCUUUGCUUUCGACUUUGCCCUCAAGAAUAACCGCAAGAAAGUGACAUGUGUGCACAAGGCUAACAUCAUGAAGCUCGGCGAUGGUCUCUUCUUGAAUACCUUCCGCCGAAUUGCAGAGGAGUACAAAUCUGCAGGCAUUGUGUCCAAUGAUAUGAUUAUCGACAACACCUCCAUGCAACUGGUGGCCAAACCUGGUCAAUUCGAUGUCAUGGUCAUGCCUAACUUGUAUGGUGCUAUCAUUUCCAAUAUUGGUGCCGCACUCGUCGGCGGUCCGGGUAUUGUUCCGGGAUGUAACAUCGGCCGUGACUAUGCCCUAUUUGAGCCUGGAUGCAGACACGUUGCUUCAGACAUCAUGGGAACCAACCGUGCCAACCCCACCGCUAUGGUUUUGAGCGCCACUAUGAUGCUCAGACAUCUUGGUCUCGAUUCCAUCGCCAACAGCAUUGCAAGCGCGACCUUCGAUGUCAUCAACGCCGGAGAGGUCAGGACCGCAGACAUGGGCGGUGCUGCAACGACAUCGGAGUUCACCAAUGCUAUCAUCAAAAAGCUUUAAGCUGUCUUUGGAUUCUUGGCGCUACACAGCAGGUACGGGGCACGGAGUCGACUGACGACAAUGCUAUAUAGAUGUUACAUUAGAUGUAGAUAAGUCCAGCGGUCAUCACAUACGGUAUCCCGAACACUCGUUUAUGCCUUGGGCGAUGCAUUAAUGGAUUGGAUUCAUUGCUGUUUAUGAUUCAAAGCGAGUUCUACGUGGUCACGGUAUCCUGUUCCAGUACAGCCUUGUAUUCUCGUGUCAUGCGUUUUUGACCUUCGGCCGCCCAGACUCGGACAUGACUGCUGCAUGACUUGAUCUUUCGAAUGGCC